AUCUGACUGAUCCAGAUCCUCCUCCCAUCAGGAGAAGAGCCAGUAUGGAUUUAGCGGCUCCAAACAUGGGAGGAGAGAGUCCUGGUCCAGCACCCGCAGUGUCUCCUGCUGUGUCUGAGCUGAGGCUGGUGCUGCUGGGGGGGAGCACAGCUGGGAAGAGGGCAGCAGGAAACACCAUCCUGGGCACAGAGGAGUUUGGGAGGCAGGCCAGCACACACACACUCACACACACAUCCACAGAGACCCAGCACAGUGAGAGCAGACAGGGGGAGGUGGCUGGGAGACGGGUGACCGUGGUGGAAACUCCAGACUGGUUCUGCAGUGGACUCUCUGAGAAGGACCUGAGACAGGACGUGGGGCUUUGUGUCCGUCUGUCUGCCCCAGGACCUCACGCCUUCCUCCUGGUGAUUCCAGUGGAGCCGUCUGAAGGAGAGGAGAGGAUGAUGCUGGAGAAAAUGGAGGAUAUGUUUGGGGAGGGCUGUUGGGGACACACACUGAUCCUCUUCACCCAUGCUGAGGGGCUGAGAGAGAGGAGUGUGGAGGAGUUGCUCCAGACAGGGAGCCAGGAGCUCCAGCAGCUGGUAGAGAAAUGUGGGAACAGGUGUCAUCUUCUCCGCGUUAAGGACAGGCCUAGUGACACUAAGAUCACACAGCUGCUAGAGAAGAUAGAAGAGAUGGUGUCAGGAAACAGAGAGAGCUUCUACAGCAGUGAGACCUACCAGGAGGCAGAGAAACAGCUCAGAGAGAUAGAGAGAAGAAUACAGAAAGAACGAGAGGUGGAGGACAGGAAACUGAUGGAGGAGAGAGAGAGAAGAGAGGAACUUGAUAAACAUGUGCAGGAGUCUCUGAAGAAGAUGGAGGGAGAGAUUCAGCAGCAUGAAGGAGAAAUUAGAACAUUAAAUGAUAAAACAACAGAACUGGAGAGAAAGAUGGAAGAAGAGAGGGAUGAAGAGAAGAAGAGGGAGAUGGAGAGACAGUUGAAGAAAGAGAUUACACAGAAAGAGGAGAUGGAGAGAAAGCUGAUCAGAGUGAGAGAAAAGAGAGAAAGGGAGAGGAGAGAGAUGGAGGAGAGACACAGUGAGGAGAUGGAGGAGUUGAGAGAGAGCUAUGAGAGAGAGACCAGGGCUGAAGCAGAGAGAAACCUCAUGAAGAUCAUCCUGCCUGAACUACAGAAAAACAUCAGCAUCACCAAGGAGAAGAUGGAGGGAGAGUUCAACAGACAGAUGGAGGAGAAGAACAGAGAGAUGGAGGGACUGUUGGAGACUGUACAUAAACUCAGCCGUUUGGUGGAGGAGGCUGACCAUCAAAGAUCACUUCAGAGUUGAGAGAUGGAGGAGGGGGAGAAAUAAAACAGAGAUGUUUGCUGAUACAGUAAUAGAUCAACAGAAGGAUGGAGAAGAACUGAGAUAUUGAAAGAAUGAAGUUGGAUGUUUUACAGCUGCAGGAGAGACUGAGCGCAGAAGGGGAGGGUAGGGGUCAGAGUUUGAAGGGCAAUAGUAGGAGUUCCUGCUUU